AUGUCGGCCGUCGACAUUCUCAGCCACAGCGGCCACGAGUAUGUCGUCGAGUCCAUUUUCUCCCACCUGGACUGGCGCAGCAUCCUCGCUGCCAGUGCGACGUGCACCUUCCUGAACGACCUUGUCGUGUCCAGCUCGGCGCUCCAGCUCCAGCUCCGCACCGCCUACCACGGCAUCAACAGAAGGUCGGUAGCGGUCCAGCGCGGGGGCACAGCGUCUCAGCGUCUGGCACGCAUGAUCGAGUCUGAAAGGAACUGGUCGACUCUCCAGCCGCGGCACAUCGAUGUCCUCGACUUUCCAGACCUGCAGUGUUGGGCGGUCACGGACGGGCUGCUCCUCGUCACACAUAUGGUAGCAGCGGAGGACCCAGGAGAUAACGACGAUGAUGACAACGACAUGGAGUUUCCAAAACACUUCACUUCAUGGACGGUCCACGACAUCAACGGACGGAAAGGACAAGGAGCGAUUCCAAAGGUCACCUACCAGCUCGACUUUGAAGCGUCCAGCAUUGCAUCGUCCCGUGCGGACAAUGUCGUGGCAGUUGUUGAAGUGUCCACCCGUUUCGACAACGCAAACUACAUCGUCACCAGUGUGGUUCAUUACUUUUAUCUGGAACCGCCGAGUGCUGUUUUCGACGGGUCGACGGUCAAGGCAGUCCCUCUGGCAGACGAAGGGACCGGCAAGCCCAAGACUCUUGAAUUCAAUACGUAUAUCGAAACACGACCUUUCCACGAAGACAUUGUGAUGGUUGCACGGCUCAUGGACUGUGAGCUCCAACUAUUGCCAGGUGGUGUCCUUGAAACGGCUGUCGGCGGUAACGAUAUGGAAACGAUUGUGUGGGACUGGAGAACAGGGGAACGCACGAUGGCGCUGGGUUACACAAACGAAGUACGCGCAACAUGGCCGCUCAGUCACUCAGAGACCCUUGUGUUUGGGAACAACGAUGGCCGCUUUCCUAAUGAGCCCAACUGGACCGACCCCGCCAUGCGUGUUGCCAUCUACGAACGCACUGGAGACGACGAUGACGAGGUUCAACCGUCGUCGACUGCCUUCUCUUUGGUGGAGUACCCGGUCCUCGACGAGAACUUUGAGGCCAUCACGGACGUUUUUAACUGCGCCUAUGACUGCGAUGACCCAGACUCGCGCCUGCUCGUCCUGCGUCCAUCGUUUGAGCUUUCCAGCUUUGAUCCCGCAUUUCCAGGAGAGCAAAGGGUGGCGAGCGUGGCUCAUGAACACCACAUUAUGACAUUACGUCUUUCCGAUCUCCGCCACCACUUUGCCAGUGAGGAGGCACCUCUCGACCCAGAGUCAAGUGUGGAUUGGGCAUACUUCACCGACUAUGAUUGCUGGGGUGAGGCAGCCACCAGCUGCACAACUGUGGGCGAAAAGUCGAUCAUGGUUGUGAGGCGGGACGACGACCCCGAUGGCAACACGAGUCGGUACCACAUCCACCUCGCCGAUUGGCGUAGCCACGCGGCACGAGGACUUCAUCCGUCGCCUCUGGGAAGCCGUGCUCCACCGCCUUCUGUUGAACAACACCAAGGUGUGCCCGUUCAAUCGCAACCCCAGGCCGCCCAACUUGCCCAGCGUUCAGUAGGCAUGUCCUCUCCGUGGGACUGGAGCCGCACCGGCAUACCACGUUGGCCUCCUCUCGCCAGGGAUUGUCUCCAACCAGGGGCUCAAGGACAGGCGCUCGAGGAGGUCGGUACACGUCCUGGAGUGGCUGCCGAGCUGGGCGUGGAGGUAGGGGAGGCCGGUGACGGAAUUUAUGACGCGCUUGCCGACUCGCAAAAUCUCUAUCUCGCAUUUGCCGAGGAGAUGACCAGGAUUAUGAUCCUUUCAUUCUAG